GAAUCUCCAAAGCAACAUACUGCAAUAUCAGUCGCUUUACAGAAACGAACGAGAAAAUAUAUUUAUCAAAACGCUUACAAUUUGUGAAAACUAUUAACGCUUACAAAAUAAUAAUUAAUAUUUUAUAGAAAUCUACAACGAGGGAAGGAAUCAAACCGAUUGCCAAUAUGAGUGAUGAAAAUAAAACCGAAAACGCAGCACAACCGGUCUCGGGUGUUGAUUCCGGGCCGGAGCCGCGUUCAGAAUCCGAACAGGAGCGUGCAACAAAUGACACGCACUCUGAGUGUGACUUCGCACGUCUACCGGAGGCGCCUCAGCCCCCCGAACCGGAGCCAGUACGCUUAGCUCUACUGCCACCAGACCACCCACUUUUGCAGAAGUUCCAAGCCAAUCUAAAAGACUAUCUGCUGCGCACGAAGGAACAGCUCAAGAAUGAAAUUGCCGAGAUCAAAUAUCAACUGAAGCUUAAGGAGGCGGCACGCGAGGAGCAGGGCGCCAAACUAUAUGACUUGCAACAGGGCAUUAAUCGGCAAAAUGAACAGCUAGAAGAUUAUGUACAGCAGAUACAAACUAAUAUGCAGAAACGUGUCGAGAUGGAGGGAGCUGUGACACAGCUCAAAGAGGAGUACGAACAACGUUUGCAAACGAAGAAGGAGCAAAAGCAGAAAUACAACAAACGUAUGGUCGAAUUGGAGAAUAUGAACACGCUGGAGGGGCACAUACGCAAUUGGGCCGAUGAGGUGAAUGACGAAGUGAAGAACGCCAAACGUAUUGUGAAUCGCGAUACGCAGUUGCAAAAACAACUGUCCGAGGAUAAGAAGAAAUCCGAUAUGCUCUUCUAUCACCUGGAUGUCGAGGUGAAGCGGAAGGAACACGAAGUCGAGGUUGUGCGCAGUGAGUUGCAAGAUAUGCGCGACAUAACCGAAGUGCUCAAGACGAGCAUCAAUGAUGCCAAUACUGACUUGGAGGUACUGCAGACUGAGCAUAAACGCUUAACGCAAGCUUGGAGUGAGGUCAUUGUAGCCAUACAGCAUCGUGACAAAAUACUCUAUCAAGCACAACAGUCGAUGGGCAAAGAACAGGAAUCCAUUACACUCAACACCAUGAGUAUUGAGUCCAUUAAAAAACAGAUAACGAAGGAGACAAAACAAAACGAAAAACUGGAAUCGUUCAAAUCGCGACUUUUAGCCGAUUGUGGAAACCUUAAACGUGAAUGUCAAAAGCAAGCUGAAACACUAUUGGGUUUGCAAGUAAAGCUCGAUGAACUGCCGCUGUGGUUGCAACAGAACGAAAAGGAUUUGAUCGAAGCAAAUCGUGAGGGCACAAAUUUGGAAACCGAAUUGCGCAGAAUGCAAUGGAAAAGCGAUAAACUAUAUGAGAAGAAAUAUCAAAUAGAAGAGAACAUGCUCAAGUUGGCACAAGAUCAACUAAUCACCGACAAAGCCAGUCAAUAUCGCUUGAAACUCUUGCGCGAAGCACAAGAAACUCGCCGGGGUACCGAACUAAACUUGGCUAUUGUACAAAGUCAACUCUCAGACACGCUGCUGGAUACAGAGCGUUACCGUGGCGUAUUGGUGAGGUUGAAUCAAGAUCACGAUGAUUUGGAAAAGAAAAUGUAUAGCGUAGAUAACAAUGCCGAACUGAUUAUAGCCGAGAUGCAUGCGCUGGAAACACAAAUCGAUAUCAAAUUGAAGAAGAUUGAUCGCUUAUCAAGUCGCCUGGACGAUAUAAAUCGCUUAGGCGAAGAAGCUGCUUACAGUGUGCAAACCAAGAAGAUCAAGUUAUUGGAGCGCGGUAUAAUAGCCACCGAACAGCAAAUACGAGAGCUGCAACAAUUUUGGUUGAUGAUGCAAAAUCACUAUGUAAAUCUGUCGGAAAAACGCAGUACUCAACUUACCGAAAUACAGGUCACACAAAAACAACUCAGUGUAGUUAAGCAGAAAACGCUGAAAAUCGAUGUUGAUCUACAAAAGCAGGAAGAGGCCUCAAAAGAACUCGAUCACGAUAUACAAAUCUUCUUGACCAAAUUGGAACUCUUAAAUAAGAAGAUGUGCAAUGCGCGUCACCAACAUGAUACAGAGGAGAACGAAUGCCAGAUGGAGCAUAAUGAGCUUGUACUCAAAUUGAAGGAUCACGAAAUGAAUGUAUUAAAUAUGGAGGCCGAAAUUGAUGAGCUGCAGGAUGAAAUCGAUCAUUACAAAGACUUGGUGCUGGACAAACAUCGCGAAUCAUUGUCGUGGGAGACCAAAUACAAGCUCAUCGAAGAGACAUUACGUUGGCGCAAAGAUGAAACGAGCCUCACGAGCGAAAUCGGCAAUAUGAAAUCAGAGAUACAUCGCAUGAAGAUACGCUUUCAGCAUUUGGCGCGCGCUCAAGAGAAGCUCGCACAAGAUUUGCAGCACGGUGUGGCACAUCGUGAACACAUCUAUAUAGCCGCGUCCGCGAAGAAACUAGCCGAGGUGAAAGCGCAACGCAUGAAGACUGGCAUUUCGUCGCAACAGAAAGUUAUCGACUUGCGUAAUCGCUUGAAGAAAAUUCAAAAUGAGAUUAGUGUUAUUAGCGAUGAACAACUGGUGAAGGUCACACGUGACAACGAACGUAUAAGCGCCGAUUUAACGCGUCUGUACGAGGAUAUUGAACGCGAGAAGGCACUUGAUGUGGAACUACGUCAGAAGAUCGAUGAGAACCUAUUGCUGAAACAUUACAACUUAGAACGCAUCGUGCGCAAACAAAAUCGCGCGAAAUCAUAUCGCCGUUUGGGUUUGGGCACGACUUCACCAAAAGUACGCUCUGAGACUACAUUGAAUCAGCUGGUACAAAAACAAAUGGAAAUAAAUGAUAAUCUACUCGAGGUGGUACAAAUUCUGAACACCGAGUUUCCGGAGAAGAAAAAAUUCUUCGCCAAAGUCACACAAGUGCUGCGAGAUUAAUUUUGUGCAGACAAGUCUUGAGUUUCGCUAUAUUUGAUAUGAUUUUUGUAUGAGUUAAUAAUAUUUGGAAAUAUAUUUUGGUCAUCAUUACUAAAAAAUUAA